AUGAAGCCGGAUAAAGUUACCUUUUCGGAGCGUCAGCGGUUGAGAAAAGCAGGCGAGCUCGAAGAGGAAGACGCGAAGCCGAUCUUUGGAAAUCGAAUGAAAUCCAAGGUGACGUUUUCAGAGCGGCAACGACAAAAGCUGAGACGAAAAAAGACGCUGGACGAGAUGGAAACCCUAGAGUGCGUGGAUGGAGAAUUCGGAUUCAGCUGGUCGGAAUACGCGUCGGAUUCGUCGUCCGAGGCGCCGACGCCGGCAGGUGGUUUGGAGAAGGUCGAGUUUGGCGAAGAGUUGCGAGAGGAAACUGGCGAGGCUGGCGAAGGGACGGUGGUGGGAACGGCGUGGAAGGAGAAUCGUGGCUUCCGAGUGCAGAUUCGCCUCGGGGGAGCGGCGAAGAAGCUUGUCAGCGGAGCCAUUGCUGGAGGAGUGUCACGCACAGUGGUGGCGCCGUUGGAGACGAUUCGCACGCAUCUGAUGGUGGGGAGCUCGGGGCACCGCACGAUCGUGGGCGUGUUCCGCUGGAUCAUGCAGAAGGAGGGGUGGCGCGGGCUGUUCCGCGGCAACGCCAUCAACGUCAUCCGCGUGGCUCCCGGCAAGGCCGUGGAGCUAUUCACGUACGACACGGUCAAGAAGCUGCUCACCCCGCCGGACGGUGGCAAGCCCAUCAUUCCCAUCCCGCCCUCCUCCAUCGCCGGAUCGGCUGCUGGCGUGGCCGCCUGCUGCCUCAUGUACCCUCUCGAGCUCGUCAAGACGCGGCUGACCAUUCAGUCCAACAGUCUCGAGCACCAAAACGGGGCCAACCCAUGCAGAUAUACCUGUUUCCCUUUCCUUUUAUCUCUCUCCGCUCCGCCACACCACCCCACACCUCCCCCCGCCGACCCCUCCGCCUGCCCCCCUCCUCGCCCCCCUCCCCCUUUCUCUCCGAGCAGCCGGCCGGGCGAGUACCGUUCCAUCCUGCAUGCAUUCUACCGAAUCAUCACAGAGGAGGGCGCUCACGAGCUAUACAGGGGACUGGGCCCCAGCCUGAUAGGCAUUGUGCCGUAUGCCGGCUCCAACUACUUUGCAUACGACACGCUGCGCACGCUCUACAAGAGGCUUGCAAAGAAGGAUAAGAUCGAGCCGCUGGCGACGCUCAUCAUUGGGUCGCUUGCUGGUGCUGCUGCUGCCUCAGCCACGUUCCCCUUGGAAGUCGCCCGCAAACAGGUGUGUGGGGGGGGGGGGGGGGGGAGGGGGGAGUUGGGUGGGGGGAAAGAGAUGCAAGUUGGUGCGCUCAAGGGCCGUGUUGUGUACAAGGGGACAUUGGACUGCAUUCAGAGGAUCGUUCAGGAGCAAGGAAUCCAAGGGCUCUACAGGGGACUCGUGCCGUCGUGCGUCAAGCUAAUGCCUGCUGCCGGAAUCUCGUUCAUGUGCUAUGAAGCUCUGAAGCAUGUUUUUGUUGAAGACGAUAAGGUUACGGUAGCAAAACCAGGAGGUGCUUAA